GGCUUGGUGAAAGUUCUACUUGGGUAUACUAUCGUUCUAUGUCGAGUAUUUAAUGAUGACUGCCGUAAGAUAGUUGACCUAGGUACUGCCUGUCUAGUAUAGAGUCCACUGUAAUUGGAGACAAUUUAUAACCGAUCUAAGAAGAUAUUCAAAAGCUCUUCAUAAUGUCCUGUGCUCAACUCCCGUAUUUAUUUCAACUUGCGCUUUCACAGUCGCAGUCGUAUCCUAAGAACACUAUUUACAAGACAAUCGAUGCAUAUCCGAAAUUCCUGGAGAGAGCCGAAAGCCAACUAAGUGACAGGGAAUGGGAUCUAUUUGAAGACAAUCCAUACGAAUGGGAGGUCCCUAUUCGAGAUUUGGAUACUGCAUGUGGAAAGGAUAUUGACAAGUACAAUGUCCAUAACCAUCAGAAAUUACUUGAACGGCUCGGGAUAUGCGUCCAGAAACCCCUUACAAACGCACCGACGGUGAUAUCAACUCGGAAAGAUCCCAAAUGUCGCUUCAUUUAUCUAUAUGGGUCCCACUCAAGAGCGAAGUUGAGGUUGACAAGAGCUAUGCUUCUAGACAUCCUUACUUUCCAUCAAGUUAUGCCAACUUUUCUCGACUUUCUAUACGUUUUUGGCCAGCAAAGUGAAACUACUGAGCUUCAAUUCAGCAGCUUCAAAGAGCAGGUUGUCCUAACUAACCCGCCCGACGAGUUAGUUCUCCCCAGUCUGGGGAGAAGUGGGAAACAUUAUCAGAUGUGUUACAACCUCAAAUCUGCAGCGCUCAAGUCAAAAAACACAGAAAAUUCCACAUUAAACGAAUGGACUAUUCGCCAGGUUGUCGUGCAUCACCAAUUUGAUGUUAUCAAUGGAAACAUUCUCUGGAUAGUUCUUAGGGGAAAUAUCGAUAUCCAGCAGCGUUUCAAAGCCUUGACUGAUAGAAACGCUCGAUCUGAGGAUAAAUCUUUUGGUACUCCUGAGGACUGCUUCCGAUCUAGUCUAUCGGCUCAAUUGAUGUAUUGUUAUGCGGCUACGGAAGAUUGGAGAUGGUAUAUUAAGUGGCUUGAAAAUGUUGUUGAUAAAGAGCAUAUAAUGGCUGUGAUCGGCCCGCCCGGUGUUGGUUAUGCGCAUAAAACAUAUACGCCUCGAGAUAUCCAAGAUCUACAGAUCUGGGAAGAGAAAACUAGGCGGGUAAUCUUAGCUCUUGAAGGUAAUCUGGAUGUGAUGCUGGCUCUAGUAUCGUUUUAUCGAAAGUUGUCCCGUAACAAGAGUUUUCCCCUGCGGAAACCGUGUGCAUCUGAUAUAUGCGCUUUCGCUAGUCAAGUUGAAAAUAUUGUUUCUGACUUCAGGAUGCAAAUUAAACGAGCCGAAUUCCUCGUACGAACCAUCUCUGAUCGCAGACAGUUGGUUAUUCAGCACUUGCAGAGUCAAUCGGCCAGUCGAGCUGAGCGAUUGAGCCGAUCUAUGGAACAAGAGCAAGUCUUCAUGUUGAUUAUAACAGUUGUAACUCUCAUAUAUCUCCCCGCGACGUUUGUUUCGACUUUCUUCAGCACUAAUGUUGUUAAGUAUCAAGAUUCUAACUCUCCAGGAGGGACAUUUUCCGCUGUUGCAAUGAAGAGAUGGCUGCAAGUAACGAUACCGCUGACUGUAUUGACCUGCGGGGUUGCUUAUUUAGCGAGACAAUACAUGGUAGGAAAACGGCGGGAGGGUGAAUUUGGCUUAGAAGAAGGGCGAUCGACUUUAUGGACGGUGAAGAAUUUUUUUAAUUCGUCGGUUGCCCUUCUACCAUUUCAUAACAGGGCGCCACACGACCCUAAGGGAUCAUUUUUUAACAGGGUUAUGACUGGUAGAACGCAAGAUAUUGAGCUGUCGGAUACCUAAAUCCGGGUGUCCGGGCUUUAAGGCAGCUUAAUAAGUACCUACCCGAGUGUUAAAGGCGGCUAAUUAUUUCUGAUAUAUCGCAUUGGUGGCUUUGGAAUACAAACGCAUAACAUUUUCUGGAUUAAAAU